AUGUCCAGAAGGUUGAAAAGAACUAAUCUUUUUUCAAAAGAUAUGAGUUCGUUAUUAUAUGCUUAUGGAGAUGUUCCCCAGCCUUUGCCCCAGACGGUUCAAUGUCUGGAUGAGCUUGUAUCGUCCUACUUGGUUGAUAUUUGUAAUGCCGCAUAUCAAAGUGCAAAGAACUCACAGAGAAAUAAGUUGAAGAUUGAAGACUUCAAAUUUGCGCUUCGCAAUGAUCCAAUAAAAUUAGGUAGAGCAGAGGAAUUAAUAGCAACAAAUAAGUUGAUUACAGAAGCUAAAAAACAGUUUAACGAAACAGACAACCAAUCGCUAAAGAGAUAUAGAGCUGAUGGGGAAGAAGAAGAAGAACUAAACGACGAAGAUCUUGACGAAAAUGAGAAUGAGAAUGAGAAUGAAAAUGAAACCGAGCUUAAGGUUCCUAAGGCAGGAAUGACUGAUAAGAAACAAAACGGGAAGAAAAGGAAGAAGACAACAAAGAAAGUCAAACUGCCGAAAGAGAAAUAA